AUGCUUUCGAUAAUAUCUCGUCGAUGUUUAAAUAUUACUUUACGCUAUAGCCCAAUUCUUUAUCGAGUAUCAACGAAACAAGCGCAUACAUUAUCAAAGAAAUUCGUUACAAAUGCAAUAUACAAUUCAAAAUUUCAAAUGUUCUCUCACAACCAAAAACGAAAUCUUACACUCGACGAAUGGGCAGAAAUAGGAAAAAAAUACGAGACGCCUGAUUCAUUAACACCGCAAAAACUCACAGAAAGAGUUAUGCGUGUAGUUAAUGAUUUUGAUAAAAUUAAAGAAGCAUCGAAAACGGAGGUGACUGAAACAACUCAUUUUAUGAAUGAUCUUGGACUCGACAGUUUAGACCAUGUUGAAAUUAUUGUUGCACUUGAAGAUGAGUUUGGAUUUGAGAUUCCAGAUGUGGAUUAUGAUAAAUUGUAUACACCACGAGCUAUUGUUGAAUAUAUGAUUCAAAAAUUACACGUUAACACAUCACCACCACCAUUACCUUCAUCGGACAGUGAUCCUCGUCACAAUAUUCCACAUUAG